UAUUUGAGAAAUACCAAUCGUCUAUAUUUUGUACAUUAUCAUUUCUGUUCCUAAAAAUCGAUUUUUGUGAGCGUAUACAUAACAAAAAAAAUUUUCAUCGUUCUACAUUGGUAGAGAAAAGCCGAACCAAGUGUCACAAUUAAAAUUAAUUAUUAGAGGAUAACGAAUUUUAGUCUUUUGAUACCAUACGUCUAGUGUUUGGACAAAGCAGUCCAGCUUAGUAUGGAGGAUCCCAAUCGCAUGCUAGCACACUCUGCAGGUAUGAUGGCGCCACAAGGCUAUGGGUUAACAGGUCAAGAUGAUGGACAAAAUACAGGGAGUGAAAAUGAGGUACGCAAGCAAAAGGAUAUUGGAGAAAUAUUACAACAAAUCAUGAGUAUAUCAGAGCAGUCGCUGGAUGAGGCGCAAGCGAGAAAACAUACGCUUAAUUGUCAUCGAAUGAAGCCGGCACUAUUCUCCGUCUUGUGUGAAAUUAAGGAGAAGACUGUUCUUUCUAUUAGAAAUACCCAGGAGGAAGAGCCACCAGAUCCGCAACUUAUGAGGUUAGAUAAUAUGCUGAUUGCCGAGGGUGUUGCUGGCCCUGAAAAAGGCGGUGGGGGAGCGGCAGCCGCAUCAGCAGCUGCGGCUAGCCAAGGGGGAUCGCUUUCUAUUGAUGGAGCUGAUAAUGCUAUAGAACAUUCAGAUUAUCGCGCUAAACUAGCUCAAAUACGUCAGAUUUAUCAUCAGGAGUUGGAAAAAUAUGAGCAGGCCUGUAACGAAUUUACAACUCAUGUUAUGAAUCUUUUAAGAGAACAGAGUCGCACAAGACCGAUUACUCCAAAAGAAAUAGAGCGUAUGGUUCAAAUUAUACACAAGAAAUUUAGUUCCAUUCAAAUGCAACUAAAGCAAUCUACUUGUGAGGCUGUCAUGAUUUUACGUUCACGUUUUUUAGAUGCUCGACGCAAGCGUCGCAACUUCAGUAAGCAGGCAUCAGAAAUUCUCAACGAAUACUUUUAUAGCCACUUAAGUAACCCGUACCCUUCAGAAGAGGCCAAGGAGGAGCUUGCACGUAAAUGUGGCAUAACAGUAUCGCAAGUGUCAAAUUGGUUUGGAAAUAAGCGCAUUCGUUAUAAAAAAAAUAUUGGUAAGGCGCAGGAGGAGGCAAAUUUAUACGCAGCUAAAAAGGCUGCUGGAGCUUCACCUUAUUCUAUGGCUGGACCGCCAAGUGGUACAACAACUCCCAUGAUGUCUCCUGCACCACCACAGGACUCAAUGGGCUAUCCAAUAGGUUCUGGAGGCUAUGACCAGCAGCAAUCGUAUGACAACACUAUGGGCGGGUACGAUCCUAAUCUUCAUCAGGAUCUAAGUCCUUGAGAAUAGUUUACAGUGUAUUUUUUUUUAAUGCUGCAUGUGUAAGGUUACGGCUAUACGCGAACGUUGGUUGAUGCAGAAAGUACGUUGCUCCUUAAAUUGUAUACGAUUUUAAUAAUUAUGCGUACCUUCUCUGAUAAGAUAAAAAAAACUUUCAUUCAUUAAAAAAAUCAUUCUUAGAUGGUCCUCACACAAGAAAUUGGUUUUCGUACCUCGAAUGCGGCAUUGUUAAAUAAAUCAAACUAAAAUUAGUGCAAAAAGUAAUUUUUGUGUUUUAUAAGCCAGUUUCAAUAAACGCUCAGGAAUUCAAGUCUUACAUUUUUUUGUUCAAUUUUGUGUACUGAGUUUGUGCUGACAUUUUUUUUAAGAUGCAAAAAGAAUUUGUUUCUUUACCAAAACCAUCAACAGAGUAAACUUAAACCCUAGUUGCAGCGCAAAAAAUUGAAAAUUUUCAUGAAAUAUUUAAAAGAAAACUACCAACAUUUUUGAAUAAUAGAAUUUAUUUUCUAAAAUUACACAAUUUAAAUUAAAAAUUUCCAUGAAAAAAUUUGAAAAAAAUUUUAAAAUGGAGUAAUGGUGCGCGAUCUUGUGGAGGUCUGCAUGAAAAAUAUGGUUUUCGGUGACCAAUAUUAUUAGGAGCUGGUUCAUCUGAAACAAAAAAUUCAAACGAAUUUAGUUAAAGUUGAAGAUAAUCUAGUCUUUAAUCGAAGGAAAAAAAAUUUAACUUUUGACAAAAUGGCAACGGCCAAAACCUAACUUUUUGAUUUUGGCA